AUGUCGGACGUGCGGCGAGUUAAUACACCUCUUUAUCAUUAUGUUCUCAAUCCCACAACCAACCAGUUCACCAAACUUGUUCCUCCAGCUGCUGCCGCCGCCACUACUACUGAACCCCGAAUCUUCGGCUGUGCUUUGGCUUUUGACCCUUCCAAAUCACCUCAUUACAAGGUGGUCUUCCUUUGGUUCCGUGAUGAACCAACUCCAUGCGGCUGGUGCAGUUACCAUAACAUAGAGAUAUAUUCUUCUGAGACUAAAAGUUGGAGUCUUGUCAAUUCUUCUUUUGAAACUCAAGGUCAAAUUUCCUACCAAGAUGGGGUAUACUGCAACGGUGCAGUUCACUGGGUUGGCCGGAUUUGUGAGAUGGCAUAUUAUCACUUAGAUGAAGAGCGUGUUGGAUUGGUUGAUGGUCUUCCUCGUUGUGAGGAGAACUGGGAAACUAGGGAGUAUAGAUACUUUAAGGAGUCGAGGGACGGCCAUUUGCAUCUUAUUGAUAUUUAUUCGCCUUCUUUUACUAAAUUUGAAGUGUUGGAGAUGGGAAGAGACUACUCUGGGUGGUUUGUCAAGUACAAUGUGGAUCUUGAUCUUUUAUGCACUGCUUACCCACGCUUUAAGGUGUUUUGUGUUCUCUUUCUUGCUAAAGGGGAAAAUGAAGAGGAAAGUUCAUCUCUGUUGCUGCAUGCUCCUGGAAAAGUCUUCUCGUACAAUGUUAAGAGUAACACCUUCAAAUCGUUCGACUUAACACCUCAAGCCGGCGUUGAUGAUUCUUUGCAACGAGUUGGUCAGCGUAAUUAUCGAUAUAUCGAGUCCUUGGCUUGUGUGUGA